AUGAGCGGGUCAAAAUAUCUCGAGGACCUGCUACAAGAACAUCCAUUAUAUCAAGCAGUUGACAAAUGCAUUGAUAGAGAAGUUAAAGAUACUUACAACUACCAUGAAUUUUUCUCCUCGUGGAAUGAACCAAUGGUGGAUUACAAAGCAAUCAUCCGGGAGUUAUUUAGAGUUGAUGAAAGUAGACUAGAAUCAUUCAUCGAAAAGGGGAAACCUAGUUCAGAAUAUCUGGAUCUUUAUACAUAUACAAAACACGGUGAUCAANAAUUUAGUAAAAAACUCCUCCGUUUCUUGUUAGCACUUCCCAUGUGUGAAUAUGAGAUUGUUAAUAAUAACAAUGCACUUAGUAAAAGUACUGGA